CCCGUCCUAUUCUCCCGUGCGUACGAUAAAAUUGAUAAAAUAACUGAGAAAAGGCGAGUGAAAUCUCGAGGCUUACCGCGUAAUCGCCUUUACCCUUUAAAUAUUCCAAGUUCGAUGCUUUUAUGUACUUUUUAGAUCUCCGCUAUAAUCUCGCGCGUGCACUUUGUUAAUAUUAUCGGACGAUGAUAAUACUCGAGGCGACGUUAACUUCGAGGACGUAAGUGCGAAUAAAAAAUCUGCGAGUUCGGAUACAUCGAUAAUCGUCGCGCAACGGCGUCGGUAAGAAACGGUCCGAGAGAUACCGACGGAGCGAAGAAAGCGAGCGAGCGAGCGAGAGAGGGAGAGACGCGGAGAGCCGGAUACUACGCGUUUCAAGUUGUACUUUAAAACUUGAGAUCGAAGCAUCGUUUCUCAUUUAUUUGCGCCACGCGAGAACAAAGGCGCAAAGUCAGCGGGCAAAUUCGAUCCAACGCAUUUGUACCGCCGGAUUCUGGAUUCCAAAGGGAUCGCAAUUUUUUCGUUAAAUUCUAUUUUCGUCCCGGUGGUUUUUUCUUGGCAAAUGGCUUACGACCCGUCGUCGUCGUUGGAGCGUCCGAUUUUCCGAGCGACGGCUAAACGAUGGCAACGGGAAAUAAUCGCGAUAAGAUCACGAGUAACAUGGACGAGGAAGGAAUACCUUACGACGAUCCACGCUUCGUCGAAAUUCUGGAAGCUUGCCUGCACGUGGAAAUUGCCGCCUAUAAAGAAUCAUACGGCAAAACUCAGGCUGAAAUAAGGAAGAUAAAAAGAAACGUUCUAAUGAAGCUCGAGAAGAGAAAGGAGCUUAAGAAAAAGAUAGAAGAUGCGGAAGACGUAAUAUCGAUGUCGAACGUUACUUUAAAAAGGUUGCGGGAAGAGGUGAGAGAAACGAAGCAAAGGAUCGAAAUGAUCGAAGCGAAUGCGGACGAUCGUUCGAAAUUAAUGUCGUACGAGAUGCAACGAUAUCGAGAGAUUCUAGGCGAAUACCAGAGAAUUUGGCAAUCCUAUCAGGCCGAAUACGAGAAUUUUCCGUUGGCUAAGAAACGAAAGGAAACGGAGAUCGACUUGAAGAAGGUUUGCAUCGAGAAGAUGGUACUGGAGUUUAAGCUUAACGAGUUGGAGAAAAAAUUCGAGCGGAAGAGAGAGAUCGAUGAGAUAAGGACGAGAUUAAAAAUAAUAGAAUUAGCCAAAGCGAUGGUGUGUAACGAGAAAUUGGAGCGAAAAUUGGUCGACCUGAGGAGCGAAAUCGACUGUUGCAAGCGGCAACUACAUUCGAGGGAACUAGAGUUAAAAUCGUUGCAAAGACAAGAAGAGGAGGAUAGGAAGGAACGAGCGGUGAAACUGUUGGAGAUGCCACCGCCGAAGAUAAAUUUGUCACGAGUACGAUUAAAUUAUCCGCGCAAGUGGCAAGAGUUGGAGCUCAGAAAAGAAUUGCCGCCGAUCGAUUCCGGUACUCGAUUCUCCUGCUUCCUAUACGUUCGCCCGUACCACUACGUAUCGAUCGUUGCGCGAGCGAUUGAAAUAAUUCGUCUUUUAGAUUCGAUGUCGGUUAACACGAUCGCUUUGGAGGAGAUGUGCAUAAGGGACGAUACCUCCGAAGGGACGUCCAACAGGGAGGCUGUCGUUUCUGUUUCGACGAACGAUCCGAAACGAUCGACGAAUCUUCUCUCCGACUACGAGACGAAGGAAAAAGAUACGCGCGAUGCGAAGAGCGCGGAGAGUUUCGCGGUAGCGACGUCUUUCCAAAAGACGCACGGCAAGAAGUCAUUGUCCUUUUCGAGCAACGCCGAAUCGAUCGCGAAACGAACGAGCUUCGAGGGAAAGGACGAGCAGAAGCGAUCUACGAUGCGCGCGGAGGAAGAACGUGCGAUCGAGUGCGACUCGAAGAGAAUGACAUUCGUUCGAAACGACGAAAAGGACGUCGAAGAUUUCGAAUUGCCGCAAACUUCGAAAAGGUCUCCUCCUCGCUACCCACGGGUCAGAAAGAUCGAGAAAGUGCAAUACGGCGUCACGCCUUCGACGAUACGCAAAAACGUACUCGACGCCUCGAAAUCGUUCGUUUCGAAUAACUUCGAUUGCGAGACGAACGCGAGUCGCGCGACGUCUUUCGCGUUAAACGAAGCGCUUAUGAUCAAAGAUUUGGACGACUCGAGAUCGGCCCUGCUUUCCAUGUACGAUGACAAUUCGAGGAACUUUGAAUUGUCCGAUCGCGCGAAUGCUUCGACCAUGGCCAACAUGGAUAUAAAUAUGGAAUCCGUCGAUGAGAAUUGCGAGAAAAUCGAUCGCAAGGAGGACGAGAAAGAAGCGUCGCCGCGAGUAACUCCUCGUUUCGAUUUCUCCGAUCUGCUCAAACUGAAGACCGAUAAUAAUUUUCGUAUCUUUUAAAAAAGUACGUCCUCGCUGCCAGGACUUUCUAGGCGUCGACUCCAAUGGCGAACUUCUUUUUUGCCCUCUUUCCUGUGCUACGUUCCUCUAUGGGCUACGUCAUCGAUAUUUCAUUUGCGAGGCCGAAGGUCUCCUUCGAACGCAUCGAGAAAAAGGAAGAAGAAGAAACGAGUUAAUCAUUUUCAUCGAAUAAAUAUUUACGAUUUUAUUUUCCUUAGGAGCGACAACUUGCGAUCUAUAAAUAUUAGUCGUAAAAAGAAGUUUUCACGAGGGAAAAGAGAUGUCUCUAAUAAAGAUCUCCGCGCGUCAAAUACUCGGAGAAAAGUUUUCUAUCGCAGUCGAUCUCGGGAGUAACGAAUGGACGUUGCUCUUCGAGAGCAAGGGGUGAAAGUCGUUUGGCGAAAAGUACCGUAAACAUCUUACCUCGCAAAACUUUUCUCGUACUUUCUCGAAGGAAGGGAUGAAAGAUGCGAGAUAAGUCUAAGCUAGAAUUUUGAGUACGGUUCCGCUCGAUUGCCAAUUGGGAAUCUUUAUAUGCGUCACGGGAUAUGAAAUAUAUUUUCUAUAUCCGGCAUGCGAAUAUCCAAUUCCUCUCGCUUCGACCCAAUAACGGGACUCUCCUUCUCCCUCCAUUUCAUCCGUCAGUGUCGCCGUUGAACGAUUUCGAAACGACGUUAAUAGGAAACGACGUUUCGCCCGUAGAAACAAUUUUUCCAAAAUACGUUCGAUCGAUCUCCGAAUGAAAUAACAACAAAUUUUACGUUUAUUCUUAAUUGCCGACCAAACGGUUUAUUACCCACCGUUGAUAAGCGAUCUUUAAUAAUUUCUAUGAUACAUAACAUCGAGAGCGCGUUUUAAAGUUCGCAAGACGGAGAUAUAAUAUUUCUAUCGUGU